AUCAUUUAAACAAGUGUUAUUGCCGUUCAUGUUAUUUACUAAUUUACUUUAAUUUUUCCCAACUAUAUGUUAUUUUGGAUAGAUAACUGUUAGUAAAGUUUAUAUUUGUUGGAAUCUAUCACAUCUCUAGAUCGGAUCAUUUGUAUUGAAAAGUGAUUUAAGCAUUAGUUGCUUUCACAAUGUCUAUCAAUGAACUUCCAGAGGAAUGUUUGUUAAUCAUUUUUGAUUUAAUAAAUGAAUUGGAUGACUUAUUAAACUGCUAUAAAGUUUGCAGUAAAUGGAGCCAUUUAAUUGCAGAGCGAACUAGAAAAGUUAAAUAUUUGGUUGAAUAUCAAGAUUAUGGGUAUAGUUAUACGUUUGAUUAUGUUUACUAUCAUACAGAGGAACCAAUCGAUGGAACUUGUUUGAACGCUCUUUUUCCUAAUUUGAUGAUUGCCAAUUUUGGUUGGAAACUCCGUGAAAAAGUAGAUCAUGAAGAUAUUGUUACAUUCGUCAAACAGAAUAAAUCUUUAAAAGGAAUAAUUGAUCGAUUUCAUAACAGAGAUAAAUCAGUUUUCCAAUACUGUGAUGAUCUCGAAAUGGUAUCAGCGAAUUACAUUGAGACAUGCAUGGCAAAUAAUAGCGCCAGCAUUAAACAAUUGCUACUUUCGAGUUAUCUUCUAGGUGUAUUCACAACAGAUGCCCAUUAUUUUCCAAAUCUUGAAAGACUACACAUUUAUAAUAGGCUUGGUAAUGUUGAAAUACUUUUGGAGAAAUUUUUGGUAAUUGUAAUUCAUCUUUUAUCCAAAGACUGGCCAGAUUCGUUGUACGAUGGUCCCAUAUUAAGCAGACUCAAAAUAUUUGAACUGUCCUUAGCUAAUUAUGACGCUCAUUAUGGUUUCCAUUUCAUGGAUUCAUGUCCAAACUUACAAAGUGCACAUAUUAGAUUGUACUCUAAUCGGAUUGUUGGCGAUGGAUCAUUGAAACACGAAUCUUUGCAAGAUUUAGUUUUACAAUUUGACACGAAUGAUUAUAUUCAUAAAUUCAACUGGAAUCAAUCGAAAAGCUUGUUAAUGAAAUAUCCGAAUCUUAAACAUCUUGCACUGAGGAACAACCAGAGCCUAAAAAAUAAAGGUGUGCUGCAAUUGGUUAACAUUUUACCCAAUUUGGUGUUAUUCGAUGUUCGUUGUUGUCCAAAAGUCACUCAAGAGGCUGCUGCUUAUAUUCAAGAUUACAAUAAACUAUAUGGACGAUCAAUCAAAUUUUAUUUUGAUGGAAAUUACCAUGAAAUAGAAUCAGAUUGGCCUCAUUUAUCAUCUAAACGUGGAAAAAUAAGUCAAGGUUUCGAUUUCAUGAAACAUUGUUUUCUUAAAGAUUUUAAUAGUCUUCCUACUUUCUUGAUUCCCAGUGAAGAAUAAAUAAUCAAAUGUAGCCAUUUAUCUAUAGAUAUCUUCAAUACAUAUUAGCGAUAUGUAUCAAGA